AUGCCAAGAAAAAGAUUCUUUGUCAACAAAAUGGCAGAUUACACUGCUGGUGAAGAGAUUGACAUCAAUAAAAGCACCUGGCAUGAACAGAUUAUUGCUCUGAUUAAGGUGAUCACUGAAGCAGCGCAAACAGCAUCUUCUGAUGGAGGUCUGUACGUGGGCACCGCUGGAAUUGCCUACAUGCUGUGUUACGCUUCAAGCUUCGAGCCCUUUUAUGAGAACAAAAGAGAGUAUUUACAAAUGGCAAAAGCCUUAUUUGAUCGUGAUCUGAAGAUCUUAGAAAAGAGCCGAUCGUCAAAAGCUGAUGAAGUGUCAUUCAUUCUUGGCCCAUCAGGUUUAUAUGCUCUUGGUGCUAUUCUUGGGAGUGCUUUAAAAAACGAAGCACUGGUCAAUGAAAAUGUUCAGCGAUUUCGGUCUGUUGCCAAGGAGUGUUUGAAGCCUAGAUUUCUUUCUUGUGGGUCCGAUGAGCUGUUUGUGGGCCGAGCUGGUUAUGUCUGUGGGGCUCUUACAUUGAAAAACAAAUUAAGUGUAAAGGUGGUGGAUGAUGCAGUGAUCAAUGAUAUUUGUGCCACCAUGGUCCAGUCUGGUAAAGAUUAUGUCAGAAAACACCGAACAAAAGCUCCUCUCAUGUAUUCCUAUUACGACACAGAAUAUUUGGGUGCAGCCCAUGGAAUCUCAUCUAUUCUCCAAAUGAUCAUCAGUUGCCCAUCUUUCUUGGAGUCUAACCCUUCUGCAGCCAGGGAGGUUAAAGCUGCGGUUGAUUGGCUUCUUACCAUCCAGCAGGCCAAUGGUAACUUUCCUCCAGCUAUGGAUGAAGUUAACUCACCUCGGAGUGACAGCGAUGAACUGGUACAUUGGUGUCAUGGGGCUCCAGGUGUUGUGUACCUCUUUGCCAAAGCCUAUAGAGUGUGGGGUGAUGAGCGCUACCUGCAAGCCUGCAUCCAGUUUUCGGAGCUGACCUGGAAACGUGGCUUGCUUACCAAGGGUCCUGGCAUUUGCCACGGUGUUGCUGGUAAUGGAUAUGUGUUCCUGCUGUUGUAUAGGCUGACUGGCAACAAGAAGUACUUGCACCGAGCAAAUCAGUUUGCCAACUUCAUCCUGACCCAGGAGUUUCAGACAGGAGCCCGGACUCCAGAUAAUCCGUACAGUUUGUACGAGGGUUUGGCGGGGACAGUCUGCUUUUUGAUGGAUCUUCUGCAGCCAGAGAAAGCUGCAUUUCCGUUUUUUGAUGUUUUCUAA